AGUAGAAGUGCCGCCAAAAUGGCGCCGCCCGCGCCGCUGCUGGCAGUGAGGGGCUCCGAAGGACUCUUCAUGGUGAAUGGGCCGCCCAGUUUCACAGAGAGCGCGGUGUUCCAAAGGGACUCUGGAAGAAAUUGCAAAGCUGUUGCUUUUAGCAAGGAUGGUUCCCUCUUUGCCUGGUGCAAUGGAGAAAAAGUAAAUAUUGUUAACGUCACCAGUGCAGGAUUACUGCGUUCCUUUGAUCUUCCGAAGGUAGUUUGUCUUGAAUUCUCACCAAAGAAUAACAUUCUGGCAACAUGGCAGGCCUAUUCAGCUGCCAAAGAUGGCACAGCAGGGGCACCCAACCUACAACUUUAUGAUGUGAAAACUGGAAAGUGUUUGAAGUCUUUCAUCCAGAAAAAGAUGCAGAACUGGUGUCCCUGCUGGGCAGAUGAUGAAAGUAUUUGUGCCCGGAAUGUGAACAAUGAAGUGCACUUCUUUGAAAACAACAACUUCAAUACUAUUGCAAAUAAACUUCAUUUGCAAAAGGUUAAUGAUUUUGUGUUAUCACCAGGAGCACAGCCAACCAAGGUUGCUGUGUAUGUUCCAGGCAGUAAAGGUGCACCAUCAUUUGUUAGGCUCUAUCAAUAUCCCAAUUUUGGUGGCCCUCAAUCUGCACUGGCCAAUAAGAGUUUCUUUAAAGCUGACAAGGUGACGAUGCUAUGGAACAAAAAAGCCACUGCUGUGCUGGUCAUAGCUAGCACCGACGUGGACAAAACAGGUGCUUCUUACUAUGGAGAGCAAACUCUGCACUACAUUGCAACAAAUGGUGAAAGUGCCAUCGUACAACUACCAAAAAAUGGUCCUAUUUAUGAUGUUGUUUGGAACCCCAAUUCUGUCGAGUUUUGUGCUGUGUAUGGUUUUAUGCCUGCCAAAGCAACAGUUUUUAAUCUGAAAUGUGACCCUGUGUUUGAUUUUGGAACUGGUCCUCGCAAUGCUGCCUACUACAGCCCCCACGGACACAUCCUGGUACUAGCAGGAUUUGGAAAUCUCAGGGGACAGAUGGAAGUAUGGGAUGUUAAAAACUACAAACUCAUUUCCAAACCAGUAGCCUCCGAUUCCACCUAUUUUGCCUGGUGCCCUGAUGGGGAGCAUAUUGUAACAGCUACAUGCGCUCCCCGGCUGCGAGUCAGUAAUGGGUAUAAGAUAUGGCACUACACUGGCUCUGUUUUACACAACUAUGAAGUUCCAUCAAAUGAGGAAAUGUGGCAAGUUUCCUGGCAGCCAUUUUUGGAUGGAGUGUUCCCAGUGAAAGCAGUGAAAUACCAGGCAGUCCCGAGUGAACUGCCGAGUGCUGAGCCCAAACCUGCGCAAGCGUAUAGACCUCCGGCCUUGAGAAACAAACCUGUAACAAGUUCCAAGCUUCAUGAGGACGAACCACCUCAGAAUAUGAAACCACAGUCAGGAAGCAGUGAAAAGCCACUGUCUAAAACAGCUCUGAAAAAUCAAAAGAAACAUGAAGCAAAGAAAGCUGCUAAACAGGAGGCCAAAGCUGAUUGUAGUCAGGAAUCCACACAGUCCUCAGCAUCACAGAAUACACCACGAAGUGCUGUUCCUGUCGUUACAUCAGGAGAUCCUGAAAUUGACAAGAAAAUAAAGAAUUUAAAAAAGAAACUAAAGGCAAUUGAGCAACUGAAAGAGCAGGCAGCUGCUGGCAAGCAGCUAGAGAAAAAUCAGCUGGAGAAGAUUCAGAAGGAAAGUGCUCUGCUCCAGGAACUGGAGGACUUGGAGCUGGGUCUGUGAAACUUCAUGGAAACCUGGCGUGCUGUUAACAUAAAUUCAUCCAAAAUGUAAUGCGUAUUAACUUGAAUACCGUGAAAAGUUUCAGCAGUGACUGAAGAUGCCGAAGCUGACAGAAUUGCUGCACAUUUGCCUUCUGAAGGCUUUCUUUAGGCGCUGUGCGAGGUGUGCUGUGACCGCCCGCACCCAGCAGUGCUGCUGCCCUGAGCUGUGUGGGGAGCGGAGCCCGCCUGGCCCAGAGCUGUAUUCUGCUUAAAGAGGUGUUCCUUGUCCUUGGAUGUAGAUAAAAAUAAAGAGCAUUUAAUAGAAAAA